AUGUCGAUUAAUAGCUUGAUUAAAAUAAAUCAUACUGCAUUAUUAAUUGAUAGGCUUAAGGAAGACUUCCUAAGAUUUGAAUAUAAGUCUGAUGGAACCUUAGCCGAUUGCGAUAUACCAUGUAUCUGGAAGCAAGGAGAUCCAGGUAGCUUAUCUCCUACAGAACUUCAAACUGUUGAUGCCCUAUUUAAUGUUAAUUCUCAACCAAUGCCUAAGACUCAUGAACCAGAUUUCCAUAUGAAUUAUGAAUUAUUUGAUAUUUAUUCGUCGUUCGAUGAAGAUUCGGAUUUACCAACAAGUUACGUUCGAGCUUCCCCAAAUUCAACACUCAUCUCAUUUAUUGCUACUCGUAUGACUGAAUACAGAAGGACUUUUAUUCCAUCUCUUCAAGCUCAAUGUCUGUGUCGUACCUGUUAUAUGGGUGCACCUAAUGUUCGUUCAUAUUUGCCACAUCCUAAGUCAGCUAUUUUAAUUGAAGACUUUCCAGACGUCGAAGCUCUUGCAAAUUACUUGAAAUAUUUGGCUAAAAAUGAAACAGCAUAUUUAAAAUAUCACAAGUGGAAAACUAUGGAAUUUUCAAAUGAAUUCGAGAAAAAAUCAUAUAUGAGUCUGCGUACUAUGGAAUGUAAUAUUUGUAAAUAG